CUUGACAAGCCCGUUUACCAACGACUACUUUACUUAUUAGUAAAUUAUUAAAGCCGAGUCGCAGCGGUUGGAAUUAUCAUUUCUAUCAAAAAGUAAAAAAAGAAGUAAUUAACAAGAUGACCAAGACUCGAGUUUAUGUUGUUGGUGUUGGCAUGACAAAGUUCGAGAAACCAGGUCGCCGUGCUGAUGUUUGCUAUCCGGACUUUGCCAAGGAGGCGGUCACCAAAGCUCUGCAGGAUGCCAAACUGCAAUACACGGAUGUGCAACAGGCUGUCGUUGGCUACGUCUAUGGUGACUCCACCUGCGGCCAGCGUGCUGUCUACGAGGUGGGCAUGACAGGCAUCCCGGUGUACAAUGUGAACAACAAUUGCUCCACGGGCUCCAGUGCCUUGUAUCUGGGCAAGCAGAUCAUCGAGUCGGGCAAUGCUGAUUGUGUGCUCGCUCUUGGCUUUGAGAAGAUGGAGCGUGGUUCGCUCUCAUCGAAGUACUUCGAUCGUGCCAAUCCCAUGGAACGCCACAUCACAGAAAUGGGUGAGCUGACCGAGAUCGGAGCUGGUCCCAUGGCUGCCCAGAUUUUUGGCAAUGCUGGCAAAGAACAUAUGAAGAAGUACGGCACAAAGCCCGAGCACUUCGGCAAGAUUGCCUGGAAGAACCACAAACAUUCCGUUAAUAAUCCCUACUCGCAAUUCCGCGAUGAAUAUACUCUGGAUCAGAUUAUGAAGUCGCCGCAGGUGGUCGAAGGUGUACUGACUAAGCUGCAGUGCUGCCCCACUUCCGAUGGCUCUGGUGCUGCUAUUCUGGCAUCUGAGCAGUUCGUGCGUCGUCAUGGUCUGGAGAAGCAGGCUGUAGAGAUCGUGGGCAUGGAGAUGGCCAGUGACCCAGAGUCUACCUUUGCCGACAAAAGCCUAAUGAAGAUUGCUGGUUAUGACAUGACUCGCCUGGCCACACAGCGUCUGUUCGCGAAGAGUGGUUACAAGCCACAGGAUGUGCAGGUUGUUGAGUUGCACGAUUGCUUCUCGGCCAACGAGCUGGUGACCUAUGAGGCGCUGGGUCUUUGCGCCGAGGGCAAGGCUGGCGAGUUCAUUGAUGCUGGUGACAACACCUACGGAGGAAAGUUUGUGGUCAAUCCCAGUGGUGGACUGAUCUCUAAGGGUCAUCCUCUGGGUGCCACAGGUUUGGCUCAGUGCGCUGAGCUCUGCUGGCAGCUGCGUGGUCAGGCCGAGAAGCGCCAGGUGGCCAAUGUAAAGCUGGCACUGCAGCACAAUCUGGGUUUGGGAGGCGCUGUUGUUGUGGGUCUCUAUCGGCUAGGUUUCCCGGCUGCCAGCAACACCAAGCAUAAUCUGACUGCAGCUGUCAAGGCGGCAACAAGUGAGGAGGGUUUUAAGGUGUCGCCGCUGUUAAAGCUGCUCGAGCAGGCCAUGCAGGAAGACAAGGAUAAUCUGAUUGAAAAGGUGCGCGCAGUAUACGGCUUCAGGGUAAACAAUGGACCCCAGGGACAGAGUGGCUUCUGGGUGAUCGAUGCCAAGCAGGGCAAGGGCAAAGUGAUCUUCAAUGGCACACAAAAAUGUGAUGUUACCUUCAUCAUCAGCGAUGACGAUGUGUUUGAGUUGCUGACGGGCAAGUUGCCUCCACAGAAGGCGUUCUUCCAGGGCAAGAUCAAGGUCCAGGGCAACAUGGGAUUCGCAAUGAAGCUGAUGGACUUGCAGCGCUCUGCCCAAGGUCGCAUUGAGGAGCUGCGCUCCAAGCUCUAAAUUAGAGGACUCAUCAUAUGCUUUAUUCACCAACUUUGCAUUGGGACAGCGGUUAAAGCGUAGUGUUUAAAUGGAAUUAUUUUGUAAUUGCAUUUUGUAUUAUAUUAUUUGUAGUUUGUAAAUGAUCACGAUUAUAUAUUUGAUUUUUGUACGAUCCGAA